AUGGGUUGCUGUGUAAGCAGUAAUAAAGCCUUAACCACUUCUGUAGCAACAAUUCAACCACCAAAAUCUUCACAAACAAAUGGAACAAACUUUCAACUAGAGGAAGAAAAAGUAAAAGAAGUGCUUUUAGAAACCCCCAAACAGAACCCAAAAAACACUAUCAAAACAGAACCACUAAAGCCAUAUAGAAACAUAAAGGCCUAUGACAAGGUUAAUCAGAAGAAACAAACAUUGUCCAUUGACAAAGGCCAUGAUAGGUCAGAAUCUUGCAGGUUAAGAAAAACCAUGCCAACAAUGCCAAUAGCUAGCAGAGAAAAAACCGGCAAAAGGGUCAACGGUUCUCCGAUCAAAUUGCUUAAAAACUGUUCCUUUCCCGGUGAUAUUGACGACAGAAGUGUUACAACGGUGGUUCAUGGUUCAAGGAAUUUUGGGUCUGCGAGAUUUGUUCAGUGCAGAGAGCAAGUGGGUCAGAAAAUGGUCAACGACGGAAUACAUCGCCGGAGAGAUCUUGGUGAGUAUUCUUUCCGACGGUCUCGGUUACCGGUCACUCGAGCCGACACCGUUGCGGCUAGAUCAGUCGUGGGUAGGAGCCAGUCUGCAAGAAAAACGAAUCGAGCUCCGGUUGCAAGGUCGAGAACAGUGUUGCCGGAGAAAGGUCGCCGGCAAACGGAGAUACCGGCAAUGGAGAGUAAACGGUUUAGUGUUAAUGAGUCGCUGGAAAAUCCAUCGGUGUCAUUGGAAUGUUUUAUUUUUAUAUAG